AUGGACGCAUUAAACGCAAGAGAACAGCAAGAUUUCCAAAAACUAGUGGAACAAAAGCAAAUGAAGGAUUUCAUGCGUUUGUAUUCUAAUUUGGUUGAAAGAUGUUUUUCUGAUUGUGUCAAUGAUUUCACAUCAUCUAAAUUGACCACAAAGGAACAAAAUUGUAUCAUGAAAUGCUCCGAGAAGUUUUUAAAACAUAGUGAGCGUGUGGGUCAACGUUUCCAAGAACAAAAUGCAGCAUUGGGUCAAGGUCUAGGUCGUUAG